AUGAAAGCCGCUGUUAGAUCCGUGAAAAACUUUUCGAAAGGCUAUACAGACACCCAGGUCAAAGUUCGAAAUGCCACCACAAAUGAUGCGUGGGGACCGAGUGGCAGCGCUAUGGCAGAAAUUGCUGCUUUGACUUUUGACCAAAAUGAAAUGCUAGAAGUAGUAGACAUCAUCGACCGUCGAUUGAAUGAUAAAGGAAAAAACUGGAGACAUGUCUUUAAAUCCUUGUCGCUGUUGGAAUACUGUCUUCACAGUGGAUCCGAAAAUGUCGUCCGAUGGGCUAAGGACAAUAUUUAUAUUAUUACAACCUUGCGUGAAUUUGUCUUUGUCGAUGAGCAUGGACACGAUCAAGGUCAAAAUGUCCGUAGUAAGGCAAAGGAGAUUAGCGCACUUUUAUCCGACGACGAGAAUCUACGUGAAGCGCGUAGAAACCAUGAUGGUAUGCAAUCUCGUCUCCGCGAUGGCAGCUUAAGUCCACCUUACGAAGAAUCUCAUUAUUCACGCACUCCCAAUCGUCGUGAUGAUGACGAUGAUGACGAUGAAGGACGUUCACGUUCCAGGUAUCGCAGUAGAUCGCGUCGUCCUUCUGGUCGCUCUCGCUCCCGCCGUAGUCGUCGACUGUCUCCCACUAGCGACCAAGAUGACGAUUCUGAGCUCCGCCGCGUAAUCGAAGAAUCUAAGCGACAGGCAGAUGAAGAUGCUCGCAGACGCUCAAUGAAUAGUAACUCUGAAGCUGACCUUCAAAAGGCAAUUCAGCUUUCAAAAGAAGAAGAAGAAACUAGGCUACGACACCAGCGCGAACGCGAGCAGCAGUUGCCUUCCUCAGCUCCUGCUUUUCAACCUGUUGAUUUUUUUGGUAACCCUGUUCAACCUCAGCCAACUGGCCUUUUGCAACAGCAACCAACUGGCUUUAUACGUCCACAAACCACUGGUUUUGUUCAGCCGCAACCUACUGGGUUUGUGUAUCCGCAAAAUACUGGGUAUGUUCAGCCUCAGCACACUGGGGGUUACCCUCAACAUACUGGUAUGAUGCGUCCUCAGCAUACAGGUUUCAUGCAGCCGCAACAUACUGGAUAUAUUCAACCACAACACACCGGGUUUUCUCAGCCAGUUGACUCCAAUAACCCCUUUCCGUUGAUGCACCCCAGUCGCACAGGUUUCGCUCAAUCUCAUCCCGUUCAACUUAUGCCUCCUAAUCACACCGGCUAUGUUCAACCUCAGAACACAGGAUUUCGUCCACAGAACACGGGAUUGAAUAUGAAUAAUCCCUACUCUCGUCCUUUGCAAUCUCAAAGUACGGGCUUCAUGAAACCGCAACUUACACAGCCUCAACCGCAACCACAACCUCAGUUGGAAACCACGAAAACUGGUUCCAACAAUCCAUUUGCCCAAUUUGCUAAAUUGCCUUCCCAACCAGCUGCUGCUCCUGCGAAUGUUAAGCCAAUAAGACAGGUGCGAACUGGAGAUGACAAACAUGCCAAUAUUGCUCAAGCCAUCGCAUCUGGUAACCCUACCGGUGUUGAUAGCUUUGGUAAUAUUGGUCUUGCUCGAUUACCUUCGCAGCAUACUGGUUCAAGAUUCACCAACAGUGCUGGCCAAACAAUUCAGUCGCAAGCUACCGGAAAUACACUCAAUCCUUUCCAUACUCAACCUACUGGGGUUCAGCAGCCGAUGUACUCAUAUCCACAAAAUAUGAAUGGAAGCUCGCAACAGAGUAUGCAGCAACAAUCUAUGCAGCCCCAAGUCGGCUCGCUCAUUGAUUUAUAA